AUGGGACGGCAGAAGAUCUACCUGGACAAGCUGUCGCGGGUCUUCCAGAUCCGUAACAUGCUGGUGCGCCAGGCUCUGGCCGAGUGCCUGGGGACCCUCAUCCUAGUGAUGUUUGGGUGCGGUGCAGUGGCACAGCUGGUGCUCAGCGGCGGCUCUCACGGAAUGUUCCUCACUGUCAACUUUGCUUUCGGCUUCGCUGCCACCCUGGGAAUCCUGGUGUGCGGCCAGGUCUCAGGUGGUCAUCUCAACCCCGCUGUGACCUUUGCCCUUUGCCUCCUUGGGCGGGAGCCUUGGAAGAAGUUUCCAGUGUUCUUCUUCUUUCAGACCCUGGGAGCGUUCCUGGGCUCAGGAAUCAUCUUUGGCAUGUAUUUUGAUGCCCUGUGGGACUUUAACCAUGGGCACCUGGUUGUAGAAGGGGAGAAUGCCACAGCUGGGAUCUUUGCCACCUACCCCUCAAAGCAUCUCACUUUUAUCAAUGGCUUCUUUGACCAGAUGAUUGGUACAGCUGCCCUUAUCGUGUGCAUACUGGCCAUUGUGGAUCCCUACAACAACCCCAUUCCUCGAGGCCUGGAGGCCUUCACCGUGGGCUUUGUGGUGCUGGUUAUCGGCCUGUCCAUGGGCUUCAACUCCGGGUACGCUGUCAACCCCGCCAGAGACCUGGGGCCUCGUCUGUUCACUGCGCUGGCUGGCUGGGGCUCUGAAGUCUUCACGUAA